AUGGCCAGUAGUCUACAACAGACUCUGAAUAGCCACGGCUUCCCUGCCCACUUGUAUAGCCCGGCAGCUGCAGCCGCUGCCUCGAUGAUGAUGAACGCUGCCAACGGGGCUGCGGCUGCAGCUGCAGCAGCAGCUGUCGUAGUUGGCAGUGGGGUAGGAGGGCCUGGAGACCUGUAUAGCAUUGCUGACUACUCUACGAGCGGUUGUUUAGCGAUGCCGUCUUCUGUAGUAUCUGCAACUACGGAGGCUGCGGCCGUCGGAGCGGGGGAUAGUGAGGGCCUGGUGGACGGCAUGUCGCUUUCUGGGCUAGCAACAAAUUCUCUUCCCUCGUCUACUCCCGGGCUGAGAUCGCCCUCUGCCUCCGGUACCAACACUUCGCGAGGUCUCACAAUCGGCCUUGCUUCAUCCUCCUCUUCCACGGCUUCACCAUCACCCUCAUCUACCGGCCAACAUAUAACACUUGCCACGACCCAGGCAAUUCGACACCCCACUGGCCCAGAGGAGCUGGCGUCGGGCACAGCCCUGCGAUGUGGAGGAGCCUCACCAACGUCUUUGCUGACUGGUGGCUCGGAGUCAAGACCUCUAAACUUUAGCGGAGCUAGCAAUUCACAAAUUUCCCUAUCUGCAAACAUGUUCAACAAUGGCAACGACAGAAACUCCAAAGGCAGCGGAGAGAGCGGCUGUCCUCCGAGUGCUAUGGCUACCCUGACCUCGCACUCGUUGCAGGCUGCGGCCGCCAUGGCCGCAUAUCAUCAUCACCAACACCAACAGCAGCAAAGCCAACAUCAAUUCUCGUUUUCUGGUUUUUCCGGUGCUCAUCGCUCUCAAGACACAUGCUCUCCGGUUAGAGAGGCUGGUGGCAGAAAUGGUGGAGGGGGUGGUGAAGUGGCCGGAGGGAGUGGUUUGCCAAGUCUCGUAGCUGAGGCCUCAGAGCAAAGAUGUCUGUCUCCUAGUUCGAUGGCGGCGGCAGCAAUAAUGAUGACGGGCCACAUGCACUCGAUACAAUCUCAUCCGUUGUAUGCCCACGUCCAGACUCAGCCAAAUCACCAGCAUCCACUGCAACAACAGAAUGGUCCACACCAUGCACACCCAGGUGCAUUUGGUGACCAGCAUCGAGGAAGCCAUCGGCACACUCGGCACCAACACCAUAAUCAAGCUAAGGAGCAACAGUUAGAGGCUCAGCCACCGGUAGGCAGAAGUGGAACCGCGAGGCAAAUUGAACAGAAUAUUCAACAGUCGGAAGCGAUGCCACCUCCGAUUGAUAUGAUACAUCACCAAGACACACAACAAGCCCACGCUUCCAUGCACCAUUCACAGCUUUCUCUACGGUCUCAACACCAGCUGAUUAGCAUGGCGGAUUCGAGUCCGACGUCCACUGCAUAAGUUAAGGGUAAAAUGCGAGCCUAA